AUGAUGAACCUGACCUUCGAGCCAACCAUCCCGCUGAACUCUGUUAUCCUCAUGACAGGAGCCAAUGGUCUAAUAGCCUCCCAUGCCGUCGACCAGUUCCUCGCAGCGGGCUACCGCAUCCGCGGCACCGUCCGCAAUCCGUCCAAAUGCAUCUGGAUGGAGCCACUCUUUGAGCGUCGUCACGGAGCCGGCCGCUUCGAGCUGGUCCAGGUAGCCGACUUCAGCGCCCCCGGCGCCUGGUUCCAGACGCCGCAGUCAAAGGAGCCUCUGGAGUCGCCGCUGUCGCUGGUGGCGCCGGUCUCGAUGUCCAAGACGUGGAGAAGGCGUGUCAAGUCCUUCGUCUACACGAGUUCUGCGUGGGCUGCGUGGGCUCCCGACGCGAGCAAGAAGGUCAAGCUGAAGGAAUGGUCGUGGAACGAGGAGGCCAUCAAAGAGACCCAAGGCGAGGCACCUCCAUAG